UUUAUUCGAUGUAAACUUAGCAUCGGGUGUUGUAAUUGGCGGGUAGGAAAGUGGACUUUUACCGCGAAUGCUGAUUCGCUCAGAGUUUUAGAGACAGAAGUAUAAAACCCGGUGCUGAGACAUUUUCAAUCGCAAUUCUCUGCUGUGGAUUAUCCCGUGGAAUAACUGCACAAUGGAAAAGUGUGCGAAUAACAGACGCGUUAGUCGCAGACGAAUUACAUUGGCUGUAAUAGUAGAUUUUAUCAUUUUUCUUUUUGUUGGUAUCCCCAACCUAUAUCUAUUUCUUCGGGGCAAGCCCUUUAUUCGGGGUUUCCACUGCGAUGACCCCGCCAUCUCCCUCCCCUUCAAACCAGACAGCAUCAGUACGUCUUUACUUACAGUCGCCGGAUUUGGGACCUCAAUCUUAUGCGCCGUCAUCGUCGAGGUAUUAAACUCAAUCAGCAGGAAGUGCGUACGCGCAUGGCCAACGUGGGAAGACUUGUUGUUUUACGGCAAAAGUUACUCGUUGUUCAUAAUCGGGUUCGUGAUCCAAAUGCUGUUCGUGGAAUUCGUAAAGAAUCAGCUUGGAUUCUUAAGACCCAACUUCAUGGACGUUUGCCGUCCGCAGUUCAACGUAUCGUUAUGCCCCGCGUUCAUAACAGAGUACAAGUGCAUCGGACAGGAUGCGAAAGAAAUUAUUGGCAGCCGACAGUCCUUUCCAUCCGGGCACUCGACGUUCUCAAUGUACGUCGCCGUCUUCUACUGCUUUUACAUCCAGAGGCGACUCCACAUCAGUUUCUCGCGAAUUCUGAAGUUCUUCCUGCAAGCUGCUCUCGUCUUUACUGCAUCUAUCUGUGGCAUGAGUCGUAUAAGGGACCACAAACACCAUACCUUUGACGUAAUCGCGGGAUUUGCCGUCGGCGCAAUUGUUGCCGUAUCUGUGUACAAGCUUCUUGCGGAAUACCUGCUUUUCACAAGUUCCGAUGAUGAUGUCAGUGAAUCAUCAACGUCAUCAUCAACAGUGUCACAUGACUUGUGUUGCGCAUGCGCAACAAUGCAAUCCGCGAAUGUGGAACCUCAGACGCCAGCGCCGUUGCUCCCGAACGAUUACUUCAACGAUGAUCCGAACGCCACUGGCAGGCAAACUUCGAUAAAGCUGAAAGUGACCUCUCCCGUUAGCAGCUCUUUGACAACAUAUUCAGGAUUAUCUGAUCAGCAGGAACUAGUUUGAGUGUUAGUUUAGUUGUGUGUACCUUUAUCCGUAAAAGGAUAGUGACAUAUGGUAACUUAAAGGCACCAGUUUUGUAGCUUAUAAGAACGCGGGGGCUAAUGAUCUCUGCUUCAAUAUUGGGGACUUUUUUUUAGCUUUUAUCAUAUUGUUCCUACUUUAUGUAACACAUAUUGUAGGAAUAGCAAAUGGAGCUGAAGAUUUCCUUGCUAACUCAGAAGAUUAAUACAAUGUUUCAAUACUUACAAAGCAUUCUUUAGCAUAACAUUACUAUUUUAACUUUUUUAUAGACGGUUUAAUUAUGAAUGUGUAGAUAUAAAAUUAAGUUCUAUGUUUAACUUUCGCGUAUGCUCUUUGUAUUGGUAUCUUAAAACAUUGACAAAAUUAUCUUUAUAUCUCAACAUGUACAUCAAAAGUUAUCAAAGUACAUCAAGGGUACUGAUUAAAAUAUUCGUUGUUCAACUGUGUGACGUCCCUUGUUUACAUGCCUUUAAGAAGUAAUUUUCUUUGGAAUAUGCAUCGAAUCUUGUUGCAAAUACGUAUGUAAAUACGUCGUUGGUUGCUUUAACAUGAAACUAAACAACACGCACAAUGUGAAAAACUCAAAUAUUUUCUGUCGCAAUUUUAACGUCUUUAAUUUUGCGUAACAUGCUUGAAUUAUUUAAUUGUUUAAAAUAUAUUAUUACAGACAGUUAUUGUAUGUCUUCAAUGGUAAAUGCAACAAAGCACGUUUUUCUUUAACAUGUGUCUGGAAUCUUACCCUAGUGUUGACUUUUUGAUUUUGAAUACACAUACACUUUAAAAAAACA